AUGUGGGGAGAGCUGCUUGAACUAGAAGCCAACACCACAGAGAGCAGACCUGUUUCAUUUGAACAGGUGGAUCCAGCUGUUCUUGAAGCUGGCCCGGUGGGUGGUAGAGUGCUGGGCUGUUGGAGAGCUCGAGCUGCAAGCCACCGAGCGCGAGCUCGAGCGCGGCGCGCUGGCCGGGGAACCCAAGAGCGCACGGCGCCCCAAGCUGGCAGGCGCCGCGGGACCCCCCACCCUCGCCGGCUGCCCUUCCCUGGGCGCCCCUACCCUCCUCGCCCGCAGGAGACCCUGGGCUUCCCCGGAGGAGCUCACCCCAAGGGACCAGGACUCCGGCGAGCCCGCCACCGUCCCCUCGAGUGCCGCCGCCACCACCGCAGCCGCGGGAGCAGCAUGGUCCAGCUGGGGAAGCUGCUCCGCGCCCUGACUUUGAUGAAGUUUCCCUGCUGCGUGCUGGAGGUGCUUCUGCGCGCGCUGGCGGCGGCGGCGCGCGGCCAGGAGAUGUACGCCCCGCACUCCAUUCGGAUCGAGGGGGACGUCACCCUCGGGGGGCUGUUCCCGGUGCACGCGAAGGGUCCCAGCGGAGUGCCCUGCGGCGACAUCAAGAGGGAGAACGGGAUCCACAGGCUGGAAGCGAUGCUCUACGCCCUGGACCAGAUCAACAGCGAUCCCAACCUGCUGCCCAACGUGACGCUGGGAGCGCGGAUCCUGGACACUUGUUCCAGGGACACUUAUGCGCUCGAACAGUCGCUCACUUUCGUCCAGGCGCUCAUCCAGAAGGACACCUCCGAAGUGCGCUGCACCAACGGCGAGCCUUCGGUUUUCGUCAAGCCCGAGAAAGUAGUUGGAGUGAUUGGGGCUUCGGGGAGUUCGGUCUCCAUCAUGGUAGCCAACAUCCUGAGGCUUUUCCAGGUUGAUGGGCGCUACGGGAUAAGGAAAAGGAUGUGAAGCUCACUGAAGAGGCUUGGGUUGGGAGUGCUGGAGGAGUGUACAGGUGGGGAAAAUGUACCAGCGUGUAUGCCUACUGGGACCACGUUUUCCAGAACAGUUAAGCCCAGUGUCAACUGUGCUGUCCCACCUUCCUCGGGUGUCCAGAGAAGGUAACUACUUUGCCCACGUCCUGAACUGAUUUCUGUGUGUGUGUGUGUCCCCAUGAUGAAAACAUCAUUAAAGUAAAAUAUCAUGAAUAGACUCUUAAGAAGCAGAGUCUACUGAAAGUCCUGGAAAAUAUGAAAGCACUAAUAUUCAUGGACAGCUCUACACUCUGAAAGUUACUCCAAAUGUUGUCGAUCUCUCUUUUGUCUAGGAGUUUUUCAAAUUUUCUACCAUGAUCAUUUGUUAGUUUUAUAAUUACAUAAUAAAGGCAUUACAUCAUACAAUCUUUUGUUAUCCAUUGCAGUUUUAAAACUAUUCCUUUCCUUGUCCUCAGCAGAUAUGUCAUAGAUUAUUAGUACACAAGCAAAGACUUUCAACGUAACAGUACUUUAUAGUGAGAAGAACUAUACUGAGCUAUCUCUAUCCUAAGACAAUACACUAGGAAAGCACUAGGAAUUCUUAAGCACUAGGAAUACAGAGACGAUCAAGGGGCAAGUUCCUUGCCUUUGAGUAUAC